ACGCUCCCCACGCAUGCACAUCCUCCUUCGGCAUGCGUUGCUGGCAUGUGAGAAAUUAGAGCCGCUUGUUAAAAAGAAAACAUUGUCUAUGACAGUUUGCGCGCGAACCGAGUUCGAUUUUUGAAUUGUAUUGUGUUGUGAUACAUUUUUGUGAUAAACUUUUCGUGCUUAGUACAUACAUACCAAAUAAAAUAAACGUUUUAUUUUUGUUUAUGUUUUAAUUUGCGGAUUUAUGUUCUGAAUUUUGGAUAUUGCAUCACAAAAUACUAUGUGUUUCGGGAAAACGGACGAGAGCGACACAAAAUGCUAGCGACGAAUGGGCCGGAGGCCCAUGAACAGCUAACGAGAUGGUAACGUGCGACGAGAGCACACCUGUCGGCGGCUUCCACUUGGGUGGUCGCGAGGAUGAGGGGCGCGCGCCGAGCGUCUCCUCACUCUCGCUGUACAAGCAGAAGAUUGACGCGCUGUUCGAUGACACCCGCUCGGUCACCAGCCUGCACGGGACGGAUGUAGGCAGGCGAGACAGCAAGAUAAGUUUGCCGCAAGACAGUAAGACGAUAUUUGAAGAUGAAAAUGACUACUGCGAGAACAAAAUUAAGAAGAUCAAUAAUACAGUCCAAGACCGUAUAGAGAAAAUGUUUGCAGAUAUGGCGGGAGAAACCAGGCCUUUUGAAGGCAUUGGAGUGCAUGUGUUCAAUGUACACUACUUAGGCUCUACACCCUUACAGAGUAAAGUCACGAGCCUGUCUGGACUGCAAACGCCAUUAAAAGAUUUAUAUUUUGCCUAUAGAAGAAAUUACCGCCAUAAAAGUACAUUAACAGGCAGACUAGAAAUAUCAAAGAGUGGACUGAAAGUAAGGUACAAAGGGGAGAAAGGAGAUUUAGAACAAUUAAAUCCAUUCCCAACAAUAGCUGUUUGGUCGGCUGUUAAAUUUGUUGUUCAAGACACGGACAAGGAACCCAACGAGCAGAGCUACGCAUUUUUGCCUCUUAUUACCGACCCUGAUAACAUAGAUCGUCAAGCGUUAUUCAAGUCAUUGGAAACAUCUGAAAAGAAAUAUAUCCUCUCCCACAACGAAAACACCCAUUCACCCCUUUUCGCUGUUGUGAUGAGGAAAAUCGGAGUCGCUAAACAACUCGAGUGUCAUGGGUUUGUAUGUCAGACGACUGAAGACGCUAUCGUUAUAGCGGCGACGUUGUACAAAUCCCUUAUGUCACACAUGAGUCGUCAGGGCCACGCCGAUAAAAAGACGUUGAAAAAUCGAAACGGAGUCAGUUGUAUGAGUACGGCUAGUAGUUUACCGGCGAAUGAUAUCCCGGUUAGACCUCCACGAAAGAAACGCAGCACGUCGUCUUAUAGCGGCGACAGUGAUAGAGCUGAUGGAUUCUCAGCGAGCGAGUCGUUCACGGAGCAAUCAAAAAUGGAUAACUUUAAGGAACUAUCGAUUUCAUCCCCACCCGUUCUCCCGCUGGAUGCGAAAAGAAUUACAGUUGAAGAGGUGAAAGCUAAAUUAGAUUCGAUUAAACACAAUGGUGCUCGUGAUCAUGAAUUAAGGAAAUCACUAGAAAAGCUUCCACACCCUGUAAGCUUUCUGAAACAAAACCCUCUUAGCAGUAGUGAAUCAUCAGUUCGCAGUAAAGUUUCAGAGAAAAUUGAACUAUUUCGUGAAAUGGAGAGACGAAAGAGUAUACAACGACCACCGACAUUACCACCGCCGAUUCCUGUUAAACCAGCUCCGUCCCCAGAUUCGAAGGAACCUCUCAGAAGGACACAAAGUGGUAGAAAAUCAUUGGGAGAGACUGGUGAUAUUCUAACGAAAGUCGCUAUACCAAGGUCGGGAAGUUUUCUCAAUGCAGGGGGAUUGACGCGUUACAAAUCUAUUGGCCAUAGGAACAAUGGGAAGAAAGGAGGUGGAUCACCAUUGGGUUUCAAUGAAUUAUUUAACGAAUUCAAAGUGCAAGAAAAUUUACAUUCGAUGGAUGAAAUUUUGAAUGUCAUUAUCGACCCGGACGGAAUGUCUUUUAAUGAUUUAAAACCUAUUUAUAAAGAAUUCCUAUUGAAACUAGCGGUAACAUUAACAAAAGAUGAAAUCUUCCAGCACAGUAAAGCCAUAAUGAAGAAACAAAAGAAAAAGCUGUUACGAAGGAACAGCACGUUCCAAAUCAAGAGGAGGACAUUUUUCAAGGGUGCCAGUGGUCUACGAAUGGUAUUCAGGUUACCGUUUGGAAAAGAUAAAAAGAAAGAGAAGAAACGAUUACAAGCGUUGGAAACUACCAAUCCAUCAAAAGCUAAAGAUCCUAUAUCGGAAAGCUCUGUGUCUACAUCUAGUUAUGAUUUACGACAGUUCAGACCCAAAGAGCCACCUGUACUUGCGCCCAAACGACAAACGACGAGACAAAGAAAUUCAAGGCGUUCAGAAAAAGGGGUUCACGUUUCUCAACGGAAAGGGAAAUCAAGACCUGGAGAAAGGACCUCUUCAGAAGACUCAGAUUUCUUAACGUUAAGCAAUAGAUUGGGAUGUCAAAACCGAAAUAGCUCGAGUGGUUAUGUAUCGUGCUCCGAAUGCGAGUCCGAAAGCUGUAUGGACAGAUGUUACUGUUCUCUCAAAACCAACUGCAAGACCAAGUGCUAUUGUUCAGCUCUGGAUACCGGCAAAGACUCCGCCAAGGCGAGAUUACUAGGAAAAAACUGCAAAGAAUGUUCCAAAGAAGUAUAUGAAGGUGACUAUAGCUAUUGCUCUUGCGACUCAGAGAGUUGCGACGAAAGCAACAAAUGCUACUGCAACGGACCGAGGGCGGUACAAUCGUCACAAAGUAUGGAGUACUUGCAAAAUCCUUCGCAGAGAACGUAUUCUGAUAAACUGAAGCGGGCCUUUGAUCACGAUGGGAAACCGAGGACCAGAUCUGUAGCAAGUCGUCGUCGCGAAGAACGUCGUCGUGCUCGUAGUACCGACAGUGUGGCGCUUGACUAUGAGCUGCUGUUACAGAAUAAAACUAGAGCCAGUAAUAUGCAACGGCUUACAGUCCGCAGCACAGGAGCGGGAUCCCACGACGCACUAAGCGUAAAAAAGUCCGCAGAAAUGGCGGCAUUAUUCGCAGAUGUACGACUCUCUCAACGUACCGACGUUCGUUCCCUUGCACAGGGGCGAAGGGCUAGGCCUCCGCUCUUACCCCCAUCUAGUGUACCCCUCUCUAGAAUGUUCGAACAUAGGCCUUUGAGUCGGAACGCGUGUUUGGAAGAUACGCUGGGAUAUUUCCCUUGAGAAUUGAACGUUUUGCUUUUGAGGGCGUCUGAUUAUUGUUGCUUUUUGAAUACUUACUUAAAUUAAAAAAGGAAUACUUUAAAAUUUAUAUCUGAGAAAUUUUGGGGUUAUAAUUAGAUCUAUGAGUCUAUUUCAAAAUUACAAAUAAUGUUUUUUUUAAGGAAGUACUACAAAAGCAAUAAAAAAUUUAAAUGGAGUUGCAAUGAAAGUUUAAAAAUUUACAUUAUUUUAGGUUUAUGUAAGACAUGGUACAUAAAUUAAAGUGAUGGAUCACCCUGACGGUCUCAAGAAACGAACGAAUUGUAUAUAAAAAUAUAAUAACAGUCAUAAUUUUGCAGAAACUAUACACGUAAUAAACCUUUCUAAAAUUUGUAAUUUAUAGUAUGUUUUAAUAUUUAUUCUUACAAAAUAUAUGAUGCACUUAUUGCAAAAUCUCAUACAUCUAUGUAGAAAGACUGAAUACAUUAGAAAAUGUACCACUUUAGUAUUCAGCUAAUAUUAUUGUAUAUGACUUGCGUAUCUCAAUCAAUAUACCACCUUAUUUACAUGAUAAGGACAAUAAUUAGGUAUAAAGGCUAAUUUAUCUAUGUAUGUAGUUAUUUAUUCAGUAAAAUAACAUUUAUUAUACAUAGGUUAACUGUUGAGUCAAAUGUAACUUAAGGAUUUGUUUAAGUCAAUUUUUAGAUAUCUUUUUGGUUAUUUAUUGGGAUUUAAAAUGGGGAAACAAAAUUGUAAAACCAUAUUUAAUAAUGUUAUUUUCAAAAAUUGGUAAAACAUUUUUAUUUAAUUGUUUGUAAUAAUUGUAUGAAAAUUCUUAAGAAUUGCUUCAAUCGACACUAAAGCCAUUUUAGUAUUACUACUAAAAUAUAGGAUCCGCAAUAUGAUUAUGUUCCGAUGUAUUGUUUGUAAGUGUAAAUAUAUAUUAAGUAUCUUUUAUACAUUUAUAUUGUUUUAUUCUAAUUAAGAAUUGGUUUAUACCUGUGCAAUAAAAUUUGUGCAAUACAAUAAAAUUGUAAUAUGCUAAAGAAAUGUUACUGCGUGUGCAAUAUCGAAUGAUCUGAAAUAU